AUGGAGGCAGGAGAGGUGGUGAAACAUGGGAAGGAUCUGGUUGUGGCACCUUCUCACGAGUUUCAAAAGGCACUUGAAAAUACACAGUCAUUAGACGCAAUGCUUGUCUCGGAUCCUACAGAUGUAGAGAGUUACAAGAGAUGGUGGAGGAGAAAAACAAAGGGGAGGAGGAUGUCUUGA